UCAAAAAUAUUAAGAGCGGCCCAUGAUUGGAUUGUCUUUUUAUUUAAUUUCAAAUUAGAUUAAUAUAUUACUGAUAAAAUCAAGUUCUUGGAUCGCUCUGACAUAUACACCGCGCACAAAAAAGACCAGAUAACGGAAAAGACCGUCGGAUGUCUGUGGAACGGUCGUAAAGCAACGUCUGUGAUUUUGUCGUGAUGAGCGUGCGGGCGCUAUUGCGCGCCAUACUUUUGGCUAUCUUGGUCACCGCGACAUGUCAAACAGACGAAACAACGAACGAUUAUUCCACUGUUGAUUCUACAGAGCAACCAGAAUCGACUGAAGAAGAGCAGGAAUCGAAUAAAUCAGCAACACCUAACCAAGGAUUAAAACCAACAAAAUACCACUAUUAUCCACACAAUCAACACAUAUAUCUACUGCCCGAGUGUGCAGUUCAACAGGUGUGUAAUGCCGUAUAUGUAAGACUCAAUUACACGCAACCACUAUGCGCCUGUCCAUCCAGGUACAAAGAGCCGUGCUCUGCAUCUUUAAACGCUGACGACCUACACACUACAGAACUGUCCACGGACACAACCGGCAAAAUCCUCACAUUGGUCAAGACGUGCGAACCAGUGGCCGAAAUGAGGACGUGCCGUUCACCGAGGGACUGGUCGUUAUUGGCUCUACAAAACGUCCGCACCGGCAAGUCGCAUUACCUGGUCAUCUGCAGAUGUCCUCACACCAGUCUACUGGAAGGUCCGAUGAGUCACGACCAGCCGACGUACGCCAGCGUCCCUGGCAUCAGAGUUUAUGGCAUGAUGUGCGUAACAAAGAAUGGUGGCGGAGGAAGUCAUCAAACUACGUUGGCGCCACCUCUCCAUUCUAGCCCAGCGCCGAUAACUAAGCGACGGGCUAGGCCUCUAAGAAACCCCCGAUCGUUAAACUCCUACUUCAGGAGGUCUUCAGAAAGCCAAUUGUCGCCACCAUUCCCUUGGCGCAGAGCCAUGCAGUUUAUCAAAUCAGUGCAAGUAGAAGAUUCACUGAAAAGUAAACGGUCUUAGACUAUUCGUCAUCUAUACUGAAAACGGUUGAAUAAAAUUAAAGUUCAAUUAGCAAAUACAUUGUAUUAUUUGUUAUUAUUUAAUAUUAAAAUAAUAAAAUGUAAUGAAGCUGCUCAACUCUUUUCUUUUAUCUAAACAUAAUUUAUUAAUUACUUUUUUUUGAAUAGAUAUAAUUAUACAAGUAGACAAUAUAAAUAUAAUUUUAAUUUUUUUUUUUUUGU